GCUGACGGGAGGAAGGACGGGACUCUCCGGGCGGCGGGCUGGUAGCAGGAGAAGCAGCGGACCGUCAUGGACAGGACGGCCGUGGUGAAGGUCGGGGCCGCGGCCAGCGCCAGCGUCUGCGCUCUGUUCGGCGGCGUGGUUCUGGCUCAGUACAUUGUCGCCAAGAAGAAGCGAGCGGGCAAGAAAACCAGGAUCAUAGAGAUGAUGCCUCAGUUUGAGAAAACGACGGUCCACAUGAGGGACCCUGAGAGAGUGGAGCAGAUCAUCUGUGGCCUCAUCAAAGGAGGAGCCUCCAAACUUCAGAUCAUCACAGACUUUGACAUGACGUUAAGCAAAUUCGCUGUCAACGGUAAACGCUGUCCAACAUGUCACAAUAUCAUUGAUAACUGCAAACUGGUGACAGAGGAGUGCAGGCAGAAGCUGCUGCAGCUGAAGAAUAAAUACUAUCCCAUUGAGAUUGAUCCUCACCUCACCAUGGAGGAGAAAUAUCCAUUUAUGGUGGAGUGGUAUUUCAAGUCUCACACACUACUUGUGGAGCAGCGGCUGGAGAAGGACAAACUGCCAGAGGUGGUGAGAGAGUCUGACGCUGCACUCAGAGAAGGCUUUGAGCAGUUCUUCGACCACCUGCAGCAGCACAAUGUGCCCGUCUUCAUUUUCUCCGCCGGCCUGGGCGACGUCCUGGAGGAAAUCAUCCGCCAGGCUGGAGUCUACCACUCCAACGUCAAGGUUGUCUCCAACUUCAUGGACUUUGAUGACAAUGGCGUCCUGAAGGGGUUCAAAGGUGAGCUGAUCCAUGUGUACAACAAACAUGACGGCGCCCUGCGGAACACGGAGUACUUCAAACAGCUGAGGGAAUACUGCAACAUCAUCCUGAUGGGCGACUCACUGGGCGACCUCAGCAUGGCCGACGGUGUGCCCAACGUGGAGAACAUCCUCAAGAUCGGCUUCCUCAAUGACAAGGUGGAAGAGCGUCUGGACAAAUACAUGGACUCUUAUGACAUCGUUCUCGUGAAAGACGAGACCCUGGAAGUGCCCAAUGCCAUCCUCCAGAAGGUUCUAUAACUCCACCCUCCAGUUUCCCUCACCCACCCACCCAGUCCACUUCUCCCAUCAACCCGUCAGACUCUUGGCAGCCUUUGUAACCCUUCCACUCUCUCUGGAGCUAACCGGAGGUAUCCUGUGAUUCCUCCCCUCCCCUCCCUUCCCCUCCUCCACCCCAUCCCUCCUAACAGCCUUUUAAAAAGACAUUUUACAUCUCCUGAAUGAACUGUUUUAAAAGUCCACACAGCAGCAACAGCCUGUCUCUGGUGUGUUUUGUCCAUUUCUGGUAUUUUCUCUCUUUAGUCAUUUUAUGAUAAAAGAAUAACCAAAAGUGAGUUUAAAAAAAACAUCUCACACUGUGUUUAUAAUUUGCACAUUAUUAUUAUCAUACUUAUUUCUAGAAUUGCUUUUGAUAUGGUAAUAUUUGUGUGGCAUCAACCCGGUGCUCACAGACACUGUUUUUUUGAGCUCUCCCAGCAUGCCAGUUAACUCAGUUGCUUUAAUUAUGUGACUGAGUGUUUAAAUGUCUAUCUUGUCAGUCUUUUAAAGUGAGCUGUUGUUGUUAGAUUUAACACAUAUCCAGAAAUUUUUAGGGAUUAUGCAAGUAAUGCAGUAAUAGAGGACCUUGGAAAAUGUAAUUCUUAGUGAAAAAUUUAAGUGUCUUGCUUGGUGACAGCAGCAACAUAAUAUCCACUGACUAUUUAUUUUAUUCGGAAAUUUUAAAAAAACAGAUUCCGAUUCACGGGGAAAGAGAAAAUGCACUUUAAAGUCAGUGUAUUAGGAAAUCAGAUCCCAUUUACACGAGCACAUGUGGCAGUAGUUUGGAUUUAUGGAUGUAGAAACUGAUUCUUGCACAGAAAAGCCAUGUUUACACCAUUUCUUUAAUUUUUAUUUUUUACCCCUAACAUGUUAAUUUGGUGUCAUUUCAUCACAGAAGAAGAAGAAGAAUCUCUUUGUUCUGAAACUGAAAUAUUCGUGGUGUUUUCCGUUUUUAAUUAGAGAUUUUCUGCAUAGUUUACUUCAUCCAGUAUUUUCCAUCCCAGUGUUGAAGGUUAAAGAAGUAUUAAUUGAUGCUGAAGUUGACAUCUAGUGGUCAUUAGCAGAAAUCACAUUAGUAAAAAGCCCCUAUAUUUCUAUAAUACAAUCUGAAGUCCAGUUUAUAGUACAUUUCAGUAAACAAACACACUGCUCUGUGUGGCUCAGCGAAACCCAGCAUAAGACCUGUUGAAAGUCUGUGUUCAUCACCUUUGUAUUCUGUGGAUAAAACUGACCACUACCUCGAAAAUAUUCAUCUUUGUUUUUUUUGGGAGGUUCAAAACUAAAAUAUCUCUGUCUCCACAUGUUGUGUUGAAUGUUCUCUUUGAAUUUUGUUUUGUGUUUUAAAUGUGCUGCUAUCACCUGCAUGUUGCCUUUUCUUAUUAAGUUUAUGUCAAUAAAUGGGAGACUAAAAAGUAUAUAUCUAUCAAUAAAAUAGGGAAAAAUGUCAUACUGUAUAUGUGGGCGGUAUAUGGAAAUGUAUAUUGUGUCACUGCAUUUGGAGAGAUUUCCAGAAGUUUAGACCGCUGUGUUUUAUUUUUAUAAGCAGAUUUCUUUCUUUGAUGGUGUGAAUAGAAAAUGCAAUAAAAAUUCAUUUUAUGAGGCCA